CCAUCCAUCCAUCCAUCCAUCCACCAGUCUGUCCAUCCAGCUGCUGACAGAACCUCUCCUUUCAUCCAGCGGUGCGCUGCGUCCGCAUCUGCGUCCGGGAAGGUCAGAGACGUCAUUUUAAAUCCGCGGAGCUGACAACUUUUCUUUAUUUAAUUCCUCUUUUCCUGAGCUGCGGUUCAUCAGCGGGAGAUUGUUGCUGCAUUCAGCGGGCAUUGACGCUGCGAGGAUGAAUGGCUGACCUCAGAGCUCACUGAUUGGUUUGCUGAUCUUUGCUGGCCGCAGCUGCAGUCAUGGCGAAAAGCCCGGAGGUGAAGCUGGCUGUCUUCGGCAGAGCGGGCGUGGGCAAGUCAGCUUUGGUGGUGAGAUUUCUGACCAGACGCUUCAUCUGGGAGUACGACCCAACACUCGAAUCAACAUAUCGUCACCAAGCCAACAUUGACGAUGAGGUUGUCACCAUGGAGAUUCUGGACACGGCAGGGCAGGAGGACAUCCAGCAGAAGGAGGGUCACAUGCGUUGGGGUGACGGAUUUGUCAUUGUGUACGACAUCACAGACCGGGGAAGCUUCGAGGAGGUGGCGCCGCUCCGAAGUCUCCUAGAGGAGGUGAAGAAGCCCAAAAACGUGCCUCUGGUCCUUGUGGGCAACAAGUCUGAUCUGGACCACGUCCGGCAGGUUGGCACAGAGGAAGGCGAGCGUCUGGCAGCUGAAAUGGCAUGCGCCUUCUAUGAAUGUUCAGCGUGUGCCAAUGAGGGCGGCACAGUGGCCGAGGCUUUCCAUGAGCUGUGCCGCGAGGUGAGGCGCCGCAAGGCCGUGCAGGGCAAGGCCAGACGCCGCAGCUCCACCACGCACGUCAAACAGGCCAUCAACAAGAUGCUGACCAAGAUCAGCAGCUAGGAGAGAGCCACGCUGCCGUCUGAUGACACAAGAAAUGUACUUUUUCUCAUGUAAAUGUUUAAGCAACUAUUGGCUCUGAAAAGGACGAGAUGUGACUGAUUUAAUGUGGAAUGUGUUUUUUUUUUACUUAUUCUCUGAUCAUUUUCCAUCUAAAAGUGCAAUCUCUCUUCUCUGGAAGAGGUAACUCCUGUUGUCACGUCAGCAUGGGAGCCUUAACGGAUGAUUUCCCGUCCAAACUUUGGAGCUCAUUUGGAUCAAAACAACCUGGAUACUGGUGAGAUGUUUCAUGAUGAUGCAUUAACAUGCUGAGGUUCUCAACUUUUUCCUUUACUCCUCUCAUCCAUCUCUUUAAAACCAAUAAAUAAGGCCGUCUGAAAUGAUGCAUGCAGGUGAUCUUAUUUAGCAUGCAAAGAAUCCAAGGAUUUAUUGACGUCGAAUGAGAAGAUUCGUAGUUUCCUCUCUGUAUCUUGUCCAUAGGGGAAUAUUGUGAUGUGCUUCGGCCCACAUGUGUGUAACUGUUGUGUCAGCAGUGGUCAAAGAAAACUAAGAUCAGAGAUUUACUAUUACAUAUAUAUAAGUAGAUCCGUUGUCCUUAACCCAUGUCAACCUUAGAAAAAUCCCCAGAGCUGUCAAUACCUGUUCUUCAGACAAACCUUGUAAAAAAGUCCAGUAUGUUCUGUUGACAUUAAUGUUCUGCAGUGCACUUCCUGUGUUUGUCCACAACAUAUGUACUCAAGAUCUUCUCUUCAAAGAACCAAAGCACAGGUUCAGAACAUGUCUCAGCUCAGGAGAGAACAUUUUUGCUGUUUUCUCUAUACCUACGAAGGGAAGCAGUCGCCGUCCAUACCAACAUGUCACAUUCCAGGGGUGUUCUUAAUGGCUGUAAUUUUAAUACUGUAAACUACGGUACGUACAAUAUGGUAUAUUGCCUUAAGCAAUGCUGUGUCUUGAGUGUGUACAGAACCCAAAGGCAUCUACAGUACAAGAGACUGUAACUGUUGACAUGUAAUGUUUUCUUUAUGUAUGUUAUUACCUGUAUGAUCAAAACAACCAGCUGUGCACUUGUAAUUAAAGACUGAUAUAU